CGAACGGAAUGGAGUCUAGAGUCCAUGUGACCGUACUCUCAAGUAUGACAUCUUUUUUGUUGUCCCAAUUUUUUUAACAAUGUCAUUGGAUAUUUUGAUUCCCUCUGACGUUCUAUACCGUACCCAGUGAAAUUAAUAAAACUUAUAUAUUGAUUAAAAAAAAGUUUUUCAAUGGCUGUACGAGUUUAGAGUAAUUCUUAUUCGGUGGAUUUAAGGCUUUCUUUUGGGAUCACGAUAAUGGCACUCAGAGAAUUGGUGGAGGGGGAUUGCGGGGGUCCGGGUCCACUGGCGGGCUUUGCCUCGCACCUGGUGCAGGACAGGGGCUUCAGGGAAGAGGGCAUUGGCCAUCCAAGGGAGGUACCACUGGAGAGGGCCACUGCGGAUCAGCUGGUUGAUGAAUUUCUCGAGGGAAGGGGUAAUGCACAUCCUGGCACUUUUAGGAUGAAUACUAUAUUGCAGCAGGUGCAGGAGAUUGAUCAUGGCAUGCAGCAUCCUCUUCCACCGCCUUCCAUGUUCAAGGAACAGGAUUCAGAGUGGGCUAAUCAAUUUCUCAACACGAGGACUGAAUUUUUCACUACAAAUGCAGAUCAGAUAUGGUCUGAGAACGCUCUUCCUCGUCUUCCCCUGCCAGAAUCCAACGAACUCGGUCUUGGAGUUCAAUGGGCAGAGGACUACUUUGAACACACAUUGGAGACGUCAAAAAAAGAUGAAGAGAAAUUAAAAUCCCUUGACGAUACAAUCACAGAAAAUCCGAACAUUGCAUACUCUAAAUUCAUGAAGUUCAUGCAUCAGGAAGGUGAUAUCACCAGUGAUGUCACAGAGCACAAUUCAGCGAGCGCUUUGAGCUCGAAAUGGUCACAGGAAUUUGCUGAACAGAAGGAAGAGGCUGAAAAGUCCCUGGGAAAUCUAGACGGGGUUCUUAAUAAAGUUGAGGAGGAAUUGGCAGUCGCUGGGAGUUGGACAAACGAAUUUCUCAAAAGUCCUGGCAAUGUAGGUACUGACACGUACGAGUCCUCCUUCUGGUCGAAAUUCGAGGGAGAAUGGGAUAAAGCAGCAAAAAGCCACAUAACUGACCCACACCCUUGGCUGUCAGACUACGAGAGUUACUACGAUCCAUUCAAAGAUUAUAAAUUCAAAGAGGACAACCCAAUGAAGGACGUUCCUGAUGCUCUGGAGCAGGGAAAAAGUCGAUUGGAGGCUGGGGAUUUACCCAGUGCUGUUUUGUGUUUUGAGGCAGCUGUUCAGCAGAAUGAGGAGAAUCCUGAAGCCUGGUUCCUCCUCGGGAAAACACAAGCUGAGAAUGAGCAGGAUCCACUGGCCAUUGCAGCUCUGAAGAAGUCUCUGACAUUGGAUACUUCGAAUGCAAGUGCACUGAUGACUCUGGCAGUGUCUUACACUAAUGAAUCUUAUCAGAAUCAGGCAUGCUUGACUCUGAAAGAGUGGCUCUUGAAGAAUGAGAAGUAUCGCCACCUCCUGGUGCGGAGAAAUAGCACCGAGAACGCACCCAAGUCGUCGGUUUCAACCAUUUUAUUUGACGACGUUCACAACGAGGUGAAGGAUUUAUUUAUCCAAGCUGCCAGGAUGAAUCCAACUGAAGGGAUUGAUGCUGAUGUCCAGAGUGGUCUAGGGGUCCUCUUUAAUUUAUCGAGUGAGUACGAUAAAGCUACUGAUUGUUUCAGGGCAGCCCUGCAGGUACGUCCUGACGAUUCAAGACUCUGGAAUAGAUUGGGUGCCACACUUGCCAAUGGGCAGAGGUCCGAGGAAGCUGUCGAUGCUUAUUCUCGGGCUCUGGAGCUGUCCCCUGGAUUCAUCAGAGCUAGAUACAACCUGGGGAUCUCCUGCAUAAACUUAGGGGCUUAUAAGGAAGCUGCUGAACAUCUCCUCACAGCUCUCAACCAACAGGCUGCUGGCAGAGGUGUUCAAGGGGAAAAUAACGCUCCUCAUGCUAUGUCUGAAACUAUUUGGUCGACUUUGAGGCUCGUUGUGUCACUCAUGCACAAGUAUCAUCUCACUGAAGCUGUGGAGAAAUGGAAUCUGGCAAAAUUGAACGAGGAAUUCGAGAUAUCCUGAAGUUAACAAUAACAUUAAUGGUAUGAAUAACCUUAUUAAAAUGGAUUGUUUAACUCUAUUGUUAUGGAGGACGAUAAUAAAGGAAAAUUAUUUGUAAAA